AUGUUCACCUGUGCGCGGUCUCUGUGUUCAGCCGCGGCUCUAUUCCUGGCCAUUUCCCUGCAAUCAUCCAAUUCACCACCUAUAACGCUGAACAUGUGCACGCUCCCGGGGAAAGAGACUCUGAUUCCCCAUGUAACGGCGCUGGUGAAACAGUGGCACGAAACCAUCCAACACUACUACUGCGACUGCUACAACUACUGGACGCCGGCACCGUUCACACACCAGCCCACUCUCCGCGAGCAGCUGCUCAGAGAAUUCCCUGAAGAUCCCGUGGGCGAAUUCCCCGCGUGCAUCUGGCAGACAUCCACGUACACCACCGCUGGCCUCGUGCGCAACGCCAGCCUCCAUUCUGCAGAGGCUUCUCCGAAGGCCGUGCCCUACCCGCCCUGUUCCCACGCCGUCUUGACCGACGACAUGCAACGGGGCCUCAUCCAGGAAUUCUACGGCCAUAUUCCAGCCAUCAUGGAGUCUCUCGACGCCGUCCCAUCCGCGGGCGCGAGGGCCACCUUCUUCCACUUCCUCGUGCUCCUGGCACGCGGCGGCAUCCACGUCGACGUCGACGUCGGUGCCACCACCACCACCACCCCUCCCGGCACCGUGCAGGCCUGGGCCAGUCAGUUGCCCAAGGAUUCGUCGGCCCUCGCAGGCUUGGGGCUUCUCGUUGCCGCGGUGGAAACAGACACCAGCCCGCCCAUCCCACCGCAGGAUGCGUCCUCCGGCACAGGAGCAGAAGUAGCAGCGCCGAUCCUAACCCCGAAUAUGAUCAUGUCAAGACCAGGGCACCCGGUCCUUCGGGAGCUGGUAGCUACGGUUAGCGAGCGACUGCUCCAGGCGAAACACCGCGUCUUCCUCCGGCGCAGCAGCCUGGAUAAGAUCGUCGCGGACAGUACCGGACCCGGAUUAUGGACCGCUACCGUGAGCGAGUAUCUCCGCGACCACCGUCUACGGGAAGUCGCGUCCGCUGCGGAGGGCAAUACCACCCUUCCACCUGACUGGGAUUUUCGAGAAUCCACGCAGAUCAGUGAUACUUUAGUCAUCUCUGUCAAAGAACUGGGCCCGGGGGUUGUUGAGCAGGUCCAGCCAAAGCGCGCAGAACCGGAGCGGCAUACGGAGAAGUUGAACUGA